CGAUUGAUUGAGAGUCAUUUCGAUGUGACUCAGAAAUGAUGUUUGAAUAAGGGAACCUCUGUGGCAUUAAGACGACUGUAUGCAAACCGUAGACUGCAGUAGACUUACGAUGUGCGAUGUGCUAUCUGAGAACAUGUCUGGCUGAAUCGCUGCUCGCCUGCACACCCCCACCUCGACGUCAAACAUCUUAGUAACUUCUGUCAUCUGAUCUUGUUUCUAGCCACUGUAGAGAUAAUACAUUUACCUUGCGUAAUACUUGCCGUAACACGCAAUCCGAAACUCUCAAACAGAAACCUGUGGGCCUGUAGCCAAUAGGAAGGAGGACUACUUUGCUCCGCGGAGUCAGCAAGUCAGUUCGCCUAGUCGCAUCUUGCGCGGGCAAUAUUGAAUCUUGGGUCAAAUUCAAACUAAAGAUAUCGGUGUCUCUUCUGUAAUAAGAUUGCAUAGAAAGCCCUUGUGACUAAACGUUUCUGGCAGACCUGCACGGCAAAGAAGCGCUCUGGCCUGUGAAAGGGGCUAAAAUGUCCUGCUCAUCUGGAGAUACAAUAGAUGACGAGCAGGCUUCCCUCUUUAAGAAUUAUAAGGAAGAAGGACAGAAACAUCUAAAAUGUGGCCAGGUCAAGGAAGCUCUCAGCUGCUACCAAAAAGCUUACGAGCUCAAGCCAGAUGAAAAACUCAGAAAUAAGAUCAAUAAAAUGGAGGAGUUUCUAGCAUCUGAAGCUGACAAUGAAGAAGAAAGCGGUAUGGUUGAAGUCGGCAAUGGUUUCCACCUCUAUGUAGGCAUUGCAGAGAAGCUUUAUGCCUAUCAGAAAGAAGGACUGCUGUGGAUGUGGAAACUCUUUUUGAAAAAGAAAGGGGGUGUGCUCGGUGAUGACAUGGGUUUAGGGAAGACCGUUCAAGUGAUCUCUUUCCUGUCUGGAAUGUUUGACGCUGACCUCAUCAAAUCUGUUCUCCUGAUCAUGCCCGUGUCGUUGAUACCCAACUGGAAAAAGGAGUUUGAUAACUGGGCACCCGGUAUCAAAGUGUAUGAUUACCACACCGGCAGCAAACAAGAGAAAGAGCGCAACUUGUCACGUGCUCAGAGGAGAGGCGGUGUGCUCAUCACGAGCUACGGAAUGCUAAUUCACAACUCCGAAAAUCUGUGUGUCAGCAACGGCCAAAAGUUUGCAUGGUGCUACCUUGUGCUCGACGAAGGACACAAGAUCAAGAACCCUACGAAAACAACAAAGGCUGUGUAUGAAAUACCGGCAAAGAAUAGGCUUGUACUUACAGGAACGGCAGUUCAGAACAACUUGCGCGAGCUUUGGGCACUGUUCAACUUCACACACCAGGGAACAUUGCUUGGGUCCUUAGCCACCUUCAGGGUUCAGUACGAGACCCCCGUCAACCGUGCUCGUGAAAAGGAUGCGACAGUAGGAGAGAGGAGGCUUGGCAUUGAGAUAGCACAGGCCUUGAGGAAGAAAAUCGACCCGUUCUUCCUUCGACGAACAAAGGCAGAGGUUCUCCAGGACACCGAGAACAACGACCCGGACGCAAAGUCUUUGAUACCCAAGCUGAUCUUCACCGCCAAGAAGAAUGACCUCGUCGUGUGGACCUUCCUGUCAGACUUGCAGAAGAAAAUCUAUAAAGAGUUUCUGGAAUCUGACGAAGUGGCAAACAUUUUGAUGACCAGAAGGUCACCGCUCGUGCAGCUAACUAUCCUGAAGAAAAUAUGCGAUCAUCCGAGGUUGUUAUCGAAGCGAGCAUGUGUGCAGUUAGGCUUGCACGAGAAUAUGACCCAAGAGGAAAUUGAGGAAUUCAUUGACAACGAUGAGGGUACAGCCAUGGACAUUGCCAGUGUGUCAGACGAGACUCUCCUUGAAGAAUCGGGCAAGAUGAUGUUUGUCCUUCACCUUCUGCUUGAACUAAAGCGUGGCGGACACCGAACGCUGUUCUUUUCCCAGUCAAGAAAGAUCUUGGAUAUCACGCAAAGGAUAUUGAUAAACAGAGGGUUAAAGGUCACACGCCUCGACGGGACAGUCACGAAGCUGACAGAUCGUGAUCGCUUGGUACGCCAGUUCCAGGAAAAAGAAUGUUACGAUAUUUUCCUUCUGACCACACAAGUUGGUGGUGUGGGACUGACCCUCACAGCUGCUGACAGGGUUAUCAUCUAUGAUCCUAGCUGGAACCCCGCAACGGAUGCGCAAGCCGUCGACAGAGCUUAUCGUAUCGGCCAGAAGAAGAACGUCGUUGUGUACCGUCUCGUGACGUGUAGCACGGUGGAAGAGAAAAUUUACCGGCGCCAAAUUUUCAAGGACUCCAUCAUCAAACAGACGACUGGCAAGCAACGGGAUCCGACUCGAUACUUCUCGAAACAGGAACUGCGAGAACUCUUCACUCUCGAUGACCCCACGUACAGCAACACUCAGGUACAGCUCGAGGAAAAACACUCGCAUGACAGAAAAACUGAUGCGGGCCUUGAGAGCCACAUAAAGUUCCUGCAGGAGAACAACAUCUUUGGUGUUAGCCACCACGAUCUGAUGUUUUCAGCGCAAGAGAAAGAAUGCAAGCCUGAAGAGUUUGUUCCUGGUGAGCUCGAGCAUGUGCAGAGGAGAGUGGAACAAGCAGAACGACUUGUCAGUGUUGAGGCGGAGAUGCUUCUUUCGGAGAUACAGAAGGAUGGAAAUUACACGGUACCUUUGAACAUUAUCGUUAGGGGCAAGCAGCCUGGACCAAGCGUGCCAAAAUCACUUAACAUGUUUCCAUGUGUUAUACCUGACGAUGAUGUUGUUCUGGUACCUAAGAGCGAAGAUGUCGACGUUAAACCUGCUGUGGUUGCUGUGCAGAGCACAAGUAGGGCGAUUGAUGUAGACAGCAUAGAUUCAAUCAAUCAAACUCUAGGGAGCCUUUCCAUUAGACAAGCAGACAAGAGCGAUAGCAUAAUUGUGGAAGGCUCUGAUGACGAACUCUUCCAAGAGACUCCAAGAGAUGUUCCCACUUCAUACAUCAUUGAGGAGUCCGAUAUAGAUGAGGAGUCUGACAUAGAUUCUGUUGAUGGAGCAGAGGAGACCAAGAACCUAGACACUAAAGCAAAUAUGAAACAAGAGGUUGUUACACAAGGCGUUACAAAGACUGAGGAACCUGCCGAUAGUGACAAAUCGAAAAUAAUGAAGCAAGAGCCUGAAAUGCAAGUAGCAGUGAAGUCAGAGUCAUGCUCGGAAUAUUCCGAUUUGCCUUUGGAAGAAAUAGCUCCAUUACCAGUGAAGGAGGAAGCAAUUUCAAAUGCAGGAAAAGAGCUUGAACUCGGUCCUGACGACCGUGUGAUGGAGGACACGACAACGGAAACAGAGGACCUGGGAAGUGCCGAUCCUGCUUCCUCAAAUGACAUCACAAAGCAUGUUUGUAGAAAACUAUUUCAAACUGAGGUUGCAGAUAAGGGGACGAGGAGUCCAGCUAUGGUUCUUGAUGCCAGUAGUGGAGAUCCAGUACCUUUUGUGAGGAAGCGCAGCUAUAGCUCCAACUUAACACCGUCACCCAGUCAACGAAUUACAAAGCACCAUGCACCAUCACCACUGGUGUUUCAGACAGUGUCACAAAACAAGCCCCUGCACAGUCCACUGUACAGUCGGUGUGAACUUCCCAGUCCAUUCCACGACACUACCAGCACUCCUGAUAUGAAGACACUAAACAAACUGCCUGGCAGCGGAAAACCUUCUCCGGUCUGCAGCCAAGGUGGCAGGGUUCACAGCACCUCGACCCCUUUAGCAACCUCACCACGAAGAAUCACUCCGUUAAAGGUGUCCCUCACAGCUGAUAGGAAGCACUGUUCAUCUAGCAGUGCUACUAUGAACCCAUUUCAGAAGGCAAUGGCUACAUCUCUGGAGCUGUCACCAGAAGAACCCAAACCACCUGAACCAGCCAUAAUAUCUGAUCACAGUGAUGAUGACGAGAGCAGCCCAGUAGCUGCUGGCCUUAGAAGACACCAUAACAGGGUUCUUUCCGAUGACGACGAUGACACCGACGACUUAGAUGCAUCGCCUACUUGGCAUCACGACACAUCUGUUCAUCGCACCAAGAGGAAUGACAGCACACAUGAAGUAGAUGCACCUAAAAACGGAGCACGGCACAAUGUCAUCCAGAGUAGUGAUGAAUCAAGUUCUGGUGAUGAAAUGAUAUCAGAAAAUGAAGAAGAGGGAUGGAAAAGCAUAUCUCAUUCCCUCUCAUCUAUAGAGUGAUGUUGGCAGGCUAUACUGGCCUUUGCAAUGUAUGGUGCAGUCAUAAAUUAGGCCUUUUGUAAAUGUUAUAAUAAGUUAUUUAUAUGAAAUUCCAGAUCUGGUUUAUGCUGUAAUUCACUGUAUGGAAACUUAAAACUGAUAUCGUAUGACACAUGUGAUACGGGUAUGUUUUUUGAUAGGAGGAGAAAUAUGUUUCUGAGGUGCACUUUCCUGUUUUAAAAUGGAUGUGACAACUGUUUGAGAUUAACCUGGACUUAUCUUUUAUGUUCUGUUUUUAUGCUUUUACAAGAGAACAAGUGUAAUUUGGCUGGCACU